AAAGUAAACAAUAUGGCUGCCGCGGCCGUGCCAAUGCUGGACGAUAUAAUCAAGGAAUACCUCGUAUUUCGUGGGUUUUCAAGCACUUUAAAAAGCUUUGAAUCAGAUCUAAAAGCAGACAAGGACAAGAGCUUUAGGGUAGGUUGUUUUUCUUUAGUAUUAUAGAGCAAAUAUUCUUAACUCUGUGUGUCAUGUGAGCGCUGUCAGCUGAUCUGAUCUAAGCAGCUGUCAGUUGUUCAGGAAUACAAAAAAGCCUAGUACAUGCGAAGGUUUUCAUGCAGUAAGUUAAAAAAUGGAUAAUAGACUUAAAACAUUUGUAUGGUAAGUUUCUGUACAGACCAUAAAUAUGGUAUACGAUUGCUGCAUGCAUAAUCAAUAUUAAAUGUAUGGGCCUGUAAGGAACCUCAAAUACAUGUACCUCAUAUUAUCCGAGUUUGAGAUCCAUAUAUACCGUAAAUUACGGACCGAGUUUUUUCCCAUCGAUUUGUGUCCCAAUUCCAAAGGGUGUGGGGCAUUAAUGACCAUUAAUCAACGGAAAAAAAUCUAGGAUCCAUAAUUUACAGAGUCUUCCGGUUCGGGAGAACAGGAAACAAGGGCAGGAGUUGAGAGAUUUGACAGUCAUUUGACAGGAAUUACAAAAAGAAAGUAUUUCUUGGCUUACAAAGAGACAGGACAUUACCACUGAGAAUGAAAUCAAAAUGUAAAUGCUCCAUGUCGAAAUGGUUCAUUCGCAGGGAUGUCACUAAGAUUUCAAGUUGCCGGGUAAAUACAACAAGUAGGCAGGGAAUCAAACAGCUAGGGAUUUCUUUUGGUUUUGUUUUUAUUCUAUUUUCCUAUGAAAGUAGCCCGGGGGACCGCGUUCAUAAUAGCUGGGGGAAGUCCCCGGCUCUCAAUAACAGCCCUGAUUCGAUUGUCCAACGAAGAGCACUGUAAGUUUUAGCUCACCAAUGCAACAUUGGAGUACUUUGAAAACUGAAUACUGUGUCUAGAUUAAAAUUAAUUCACUUCCUUCUUUCUUUCAUUGGUCUUUGAUUAAACACUGUAAAUGGCAACAAAGCUUGUCAAAAUGAGCAAGUGCCAGUAUGUGUGUUAAUUUCAUUUGUCAAAGGAAUUGUUCAUUUUUCUUUCGCCAAAUGUCUUGAAUCUCUGUCAGUCCAUUCUAGUCUGCUUUAAUAACUGUAACCUGUAAUAAAAUUUCUGAUCACCGAUUAGAAUCCUCUUCUUUGGUUCUUUGGUGAGAUUAUGAUUCAAUUUCUUCAUCAGCUUUUGUUCUCAAGUCAAUAUCAAAGUCCUUGCAUUUGGGGUCUUACAGAUGUACAUGUAUGGGCACUUUCUUAAAUCCUUUUCUAGCCUUAAGAUUUAGAACUGCAAAAUGGGCAUUUGCUUUUGAAAUUAUCCUUUUUGGUCUGCACAGUAAGUUAUGGCCUGCAAAUUGAACAAAAAUCUGAUUUUUUUUGUAGUUUACUUAGACAGUGAGUAUGAAAAUGAUGUUAUUUUGUAGUACAGUAAUAUUAUAGACAUCCUGCUAAUAUGUUUUUUAUGUUUAAUAACUUUCAGGUGGACAAAAUAGUGGAUCAGUUGUAUCAGUAUAUUUUAGCCUAUGACAUUUUGGGUCUUAGAGACUAUUGGGACUAUUUAAAUGACAGAUUCUUCAAAAGACUGGACUAUCAACAUUAUUCAAAUGUCAAAAAGCUGGAAAUGUGUCUUCUGAGACUCUACAUUGUUCAUGCUCUACAAAACUCCAAAAAUGAUAAAGUUGUAGAGUUUUUUGAGAAGUAUACUGCAGAGUUACAGACACAAACAGAGUGGAGAGAAUGGUUUGGUAUGUUGUUUUCCUGGUGUUUAAAUUAUUUUUUCUGAUAAAUUUGCAAGUUUUUUAACAAUAUACUCAAGAGGAAAUUAUAGUACUGUGUUUACAUUUGUAUAGUAGAUAUAACCAAAUUAUUAGGUGUUUUCCUUAGUAUUCUGGUAGCAGUUUUUUUCAGGGGUACAAUUUUGUGAUAAUGCACACAUGUAGACACAAUCAGACUGACGGAAUAUUUUAAAUGCACCUAUCCAGUUGUUCAUUUCAGGCAGCCAUGUAAGUACAAACAUACACGUACACUCGUUUCAGCUAGCCAUAACGACGCCUAAGGUUAUCUUUAUAUUAAGAACUCUCCUUACAGAUAACCCACCCAGCCAAGAAAGGUUGGCCACACCACGUACCAGUGUCUAUGUGACCCCGACUCUUUUCCAACAGUGCUGUGGGUUCUUUUACAUCCCAUAAGAACCAGAUAAGUGAAAGUGCUGUGAGACAGGACCUCCGCUUUUUUGUCCUUAUAUGAGAAGACUAGAAAAAAUAACCAUUUGCAACACUUUCUUCUCAGUUAUUUAAAGACCCUGAGUGUUGGUCCAGCCUGGGUUUGAACCCCGUGACAAUCCCGCCUCAGUGGACGGGCACUCUCCCAACCGAGCUAACCAGGCAGCGGUUUCUUAUUGGUUUGCUGUUUGAAUUGAAAAGGUUUUUUUUUUGUUUUCAGCAAUUCCUUUCAUCAAGAAUCCAGAGCAGAAUGUUGCAUUUGAGAUGUACUUUCAGAGAGCCUGGCAAGAUACAUUUUUUCUUUCUCUCUACAACUUUUUGAUAACAUUGUUCCAUCACAUGCAUAUCCUUUAUCAAUUAUGAGGAAUUUGUAACCAGACAGUUGUCUGGUAUAUACUGAAUCAGAAUCCUGAUCUUAAUCCCUCACAAAAGCGCGGUUCUUUCUCCAUACGAGUUACCAGCACGAGAAAUUAGUGGUUCUCAAUUCAGGCUACACAAAUAUGAGCCUACACGGGCAUGUACACGUACUGCAUAUUGACAAAAUCAUUAUUAUCAAGUAAUAAUGUAAUAAUGAUUAAAAAAUUAGAAGGAACUGAAACUGUCCUUACAACCAACUUUUCCUUUCUCAUCAAAAAUUUCCUUUACCGUUGGUAUUUCAGAGGGAAGGGAAGAACAGGAGCUUGAAUGAUGCUGGAACCAAACCUUAUUAUGAUAGUCCAUUAAUUUUUGUUAAGAUUGUCUUAUUGGCAUUAGCCACACCACCUCCUGACAGAGUAGAACUCUUUAGCUUGUAUGUUUUGUUUUCAAACUUUGUUUUAUUCACGUGCAUAUCCACCCAUAAUAUUUUGAAAGGACAAAGGGUUAAGUUCUCCUGGGACCUGUGCUGGAAAACAAAACAUACAAACUGUACAAGCUAAAGAGGUCUUUUGGCCUCCUGUAAUGUUAUGUAACAGUGACAACUUCUAUUUUUUAAGUUUUUAAAGUAAUAUUAAGUUGCCCCUAAAUUGUUUUACAUUGUUUUUAACACAAUAUUGUGGUUUGCAAGCUUAAAAUGAAGCUUCAAAACUUUCAGAAUAUACUUCAGAUAUACAAUGUACAAUGUAUAUUGUACCUGAAUUAAUUCUUGAUUAAAAAUAUGUCACCUCUACCACUAGUUUUGAAUGGGAAAGUAUGAUCUAUUUUUGGUUGUGUAUUCUUAACAACUAUCACCCAUGCCAACAAUUCUUAAGUAUGACGAGGAGCGUGGGAAGCUGCAACGAUUACAACAGGAGGUUUUGAAGCUCAAGGAACAGGUUGUAGCCCUGGCAGAAGAGGCAGCGCAACUGCAACGUCAGAAGGCUAAGCUUGAGCAGGAGCUAACUGAGACGCAGAGAAACAGAACUGAUACUGUUGAAGAGGAGGAUUUGGAUGAGUUCUAUGUUGUUAACAGGUAAUUACUGGUAAUUGAAGGGUUUUGUGCAAAGAGGAUGAGUUAUGUUUUGUCAAUUUUCACUUUUUUUGCCGGAUCGAGGUGAUUUUUGGAUUUUUGACGGGCUGACUUGUUUUGACAUGACAAACAUUGUUCUGUAUCUUUUAUUCUACUUUGUUUUUGAGAAAUAACGUAUGCAAAAAAAAUGCUGUUUCAUACAAUGGUGUCUUGAAAAGUCAAUGAAAAGAAGUGAAGCAUGAGGCUUAUAUCAUUAUAAUGAUUAUUACUGGUCAAGUUUCCUGUGCAGUUAAAUUUGGAAUUUCAGCUAGUUUUAAGUUGAGCCUUGGAGGUCAUUUUUAUCCAAAGCAUGAAAUCAGCUUAAGUCUUAAAGUGGUGCCUUUGUGCAUGGAAAUGCAAGAGCAGUUUAUUGAAUGGAAUGUAAUGUUGCUUUCUACCUUUCACAGGCCACAAAAAUUUCUGCCUACCAUGCAAAAGAGGCUUUCAAAGAUGAUCUUUAAAGACAAGCAGGACAAGAACAAGAAAGGAAAAGAUCCAAAACAACAACAGCAACAGCCACAACAGCAGGUCCAGGGGGAAAAUACACAGUCUAAAAUAAACAAACAGCAGCUUCUCAGGCAACAACAACAACAGAUACAGGUAAGAACCUUUUAUCAGAAAGAAAGAAUCUGGAGUUGCUGAGGGAACACUCCAUUCAGUUUUGUUUGUCUGUGUACGGGUAAGGUUCUCUAACCCUAGUGGCUUUUUUAAGUGAAUAAUGCUUGGCAGCCUUUUCAAGUUCAAAAACCAAAACAUGACACCCUAUUGAAAGUAGAGAAAAAUAUGCAAUCCAACAAGACUUUUUUAUGAGUAUAAUGAAUGAUGGUGCAGUUAAUGAUAAUGAUAAUUUUUAUAGAGGAAGCUCCCCUCACAGACAUCACAUGAGAGGUUCUUAACGUCGAAAAAGAUGAAAUAAUUUAAAAAAUACAAAAUGAUGUUUGGAUACAUCUUUCAGAUACCCUAGAGGGGAGGGGAGGGGACAGGGUUUGCACAGUCUUGAAAAGUCCUUGAAUUUUUGGGGAAGUCCUUGAAAAGUCUUUGAAUCCCAUUUUCCAUUGAAAAUUCCUCAAAUUUCUGUGCAAGUCCGUGAAUUUUCUUCAACAUUGACUGAAGUAUGCUGAAAAGUGAUUUUUAAUGCUUUUUGGUUGUCCGAGGUAGAAUAUAAAUCAUAGCUCAGAGAACUUAAAGGCGAUUUACGUAAAGCGUUUUUUGUUUUAUGCAAUAAUUAACUAUCAAUAAGUGUACUGAAUAAAUAAUGUAGAGGAGUUGGUGGAGUAAGCACUUCAAGCCUUAAAAUCCUGUUAGAUUGAACUGGGAAAAAUGUGCAUUUCUGUAAAAUUUGUAAUAUUACAUUCCUGAUGCAUUGUACAUGUAGCUGGUCCUUGAAAAGCCCUUGAAAAAUGGCCGGCCAUUUGGAGAAAGCUCAGAAGAUUUUCAAAUCAACCCCCCAAUUCAUCGUAGCCUUUCAGAGAUGACCCCUCAUAAAUUGUACACAUUGUGAAAGUGAUCCCCUCCUGAUUGCUGUGGAAAGUACUAAUAUUCUACAAUACGACUACAAAUCAUGCCGAAGUUCACCACGUACUUUAUCUACAGACGGUGUUUACUAUUAACGGCUGUUACGUUCAAUUCCUGAUGGAUGCUCAUUAAUACUGCUUUGUACCACUUUCAUGAAAUUUGUUAAAAUGACCCCCCCCCCCCUUAGGUACAUGUAAUGCUCCCUUAUCUGAAAAUGACCCCACAAACCAAUCCAGAUUUUGAACAUGACCCCCCAACAAAAUGGCCUCCCCCCAUCACAGCCCCUUGAUCUCACUCAUCUGUGUUAUAAUCUGAUCAUUGAAUUUGACAGCUGUUACAGGAACAACAGAAACAGCUAACCUUGCUGGAGGAGGAGCAAUUAAAUUCAAGUGUACUUUCUGACAAACCCCCAGAAACUGAAAAGCAGACCAGCUCUCUUCAGGAAGAGGAAGAUACUAAGACCUCAAAGUCUGUGCUUGCAAAAUCCCAAAGCUUAGAGCGCUGUGACGUUAGCCAAGAAGACGGAGAGAAGUCUGUUUCUUCCAUUCGUAGGAGCAAAACUUUACCAGCAAGAAUUAAGAUGUCUCCUGCUGAUCAGGCAGAUGAUAAAACAGGUGGUUAGAGCAUAGAUAAGCUCAAUUUCCUUAUCCUUACUAAUUUUUGCAUAUUCAUGAUUCUAGGGAAAAAAAACUGAACAAAUUUUGCAGAUUGGUUUAAUAUCCCCAACCGUACCCUAUUUUACAAAGAGCUGGAAUUAAUACAAAUUUUAAACAAGGAAAAAAAAGAAAACAUAUAUAGCUCCAACAAAUUCCCCCCAAAAUUAAAACAACAUGAUCUAGUAAUAACAUCAUGAAAAUUGGCUAAGAUUUUGAGAACUGUGUUAAGCUUCCAACACUUUUUGAAAAUGUAACCUGAAAUACAUUAUAAUGUUAAUUUUUUUGAAAAACAUUCCGACAUCUAUGUAUAAUUGUUCUGUAUUUUUUUCCAAAUGUGAAAAUCCAACAACAACACUAACAACAAUAAUUUUAUUUACCCAUUCUUGAUGAAAUUGGGAGAGGGAAAAUUGGAGUAUGUGGAGAAAAACCAGUCAGAGCAAGGCGUGGCCUGCCAGUUGUGUACCCAGUCCACCUUGGUGGGAGGCUAUUUCUCACACCACUGCAUUGUCCUUGCUAUGUAUAGUGAACAAAACAUUAUAAGGUACACUUGAGUACAUCCACAGAUUAUAGCUCACCCAGCCUGUUGAUGCAUCUGAAAUUGUGUACAUUUAUAGCCUUAUGAAUGUCACAAAAUUUAUCGUUAUCUUUUGCUCCAUUUUUAGAUGAUUUGAACCCCAAAAUGGCUCAUUUUGAAGGUAUUUGCCAUGAUUGAUGAACUGAUUUACGUUGUUUUCCCUAUUAGGUGUUUAAAUAUAUAUGCAGGUACUGUGAUCAGACUGCACUUUGCUAUAAUUGGAACCAUUAUACAGGGACAUUGAUCAGCACUUGAAUAAUAAAAAUGUACUGAGAAGAAUAAUAACAGUUUGUUAAACUCUUGUGGAGUAACUUAAUGAAUUAAUGAGUUAUAAUACAAUGAAAACUUAAUAAAGUUACCCAUGUCUAUUUCUGUAUACAUUAAGUAAAAAUUAUAUACACCACAUCAGAAUAUGCAUCUUAUUUUUUAAAAAUACUUAAAAGUGAAAAAGUCUUCAGUGCGCUUCGUUCUACAGGUGGUAACAUUUUUGUAAAAGUACAGCUGGUCCGAUUUGUGCCUUAGGGUGUAGGGGCAGGUAUCAUCUAGGGGUGUUGGUAGAAGAGGGUGAGGAGGGUAGUUUAAGUCCUUCAUUUUGCACAUAUACUCCUUGCAUAUAAAACAACAUGUAGGACAAUCCCUCAUUUGUGAAAAUUUCAACUGAAAAGCGUGUUUGUUCAUUCUCUAUUUUAACUUUAUUAGUCAAAAUUUUAAUUUGUGGGGAACAGGUUUUCAAUUGAGUGAUUCAUAUUAGAAAGGUUUUGAACUAACCUGUCAACACUCUCCAUUUUCAGGUUCUAAUGAACACAAGUCCAAGCCUUUUAUUUUUCUCAGUCAGGUAUGUUUCUUGUAAGAAUUUUGGUCUGGUUUUACGAACACACGUUAAUAUCUUUUUGUUGUAACAACAGACUGUGAGCAUUCCCCUGUUCCUUGUCAUACCAGUAAGCAUGAAAGGUGGUGAUAAUUAUGCGAUUUCACAGCAGACGUGUUUGCUAAUGCUCACCACUUGCUUGAUUCAACUACGGUCAACUCCUUUUACAGCAGACACUGUAGGGACCUUGAGUUAGUGUCCUCAUCAGGAAGAGUCUGUAAUAGAAUAGGGCUGAUGUGAUAAUUUCAGCGAACGUCUGUAUGAUUUGUUUGGGCCCGGGAUUUAGCUGCUGUUUGUAUUAUUGGGGUGUCUGUUAUAGCAAGGUGUCCUCAAGGCGAGAGUUAACUGUACUCCUGAUUUGGAAGAAAGCUUGAAGUGAUUUCUGAAAACUGCUAACUGCUCCUUGUGCUUAGUUUUAUGUGCUGUAUUUUUUGCUCAUGAGACGCAGCAUUUUUUCUAAAUCUGUUGUCUCUCGGUUUAUAGGAUUGUAAAGCAAAGGGACAAUUUGACAUUAGAUCAGUUGUCACUGAGAAUUCUGUUCCACAUUUUUUCAUUUUCUCCCCAUUAGAGAAAUAUAUAAGAAUAGAAACCUCGAGAUUGCUCACAGUCUGUAGCAACAAUAAUGCAUUCAAGAGUUUAGACACCAAUCUUAAAACAGUGGUAAAUUGGAUGCUAAAGGUUCAGAUUAGUUUUUGUCUUUUAAUGUUGUAAUUUAUUGUUUUAACAGGAUGAAUACAGAGAGCACCAUUCACCUAUUGUUCAUUGUCGGUUUUCUUCAAGUGGAAGAAUGAUCGGAAGUGCUGAUGCAGAUGGAAUUGUAAAGUAAGAGGAGAAAUUCAUUUUCCAUUGUCAUAAUCUCAGUUUCAACAUGAGAUAGUGAAAACUAAGAGACAAAGCAUCUGGUCCCAGUUGUUCAAAAGGUGGAUAACACCAUAUCCAUUGGAAAAUGCAUUUGUGUCACUAAUGCUUAUCCUCUGGAUAGUUUUUUAUCCAGUAUAUAAGGUUUGAUCCCGGGGGCACUUGGGUAUUUCUUGGGUGGGUAUGUGCCACCUGGGACUCCAAAUUGGCACCCCGUUCUAAAACAAUUUCCCCAAAAAUUGAUACCCCGUUUUAGAAAUGGGCCAAUUUUUUAUACCCCGUUCUAGAAUUCGCCCUAAAACUGAUACCCCGUUCUAGAAAUGGGCCAAUCUUUUAUACCCCGUUCUAGGGUGCAACAAGAGUACAACAGUUUGAUUGUUAACGCAUUGAACCGUAUUUUUAAAAGCAAUCUGUCCUUGAAUAAGAAAAGUCAAAUGGCUGCUUACAAAACUGGAGCUUUCUCACGUUCGAAAUAUUAUACCCCGUUCUAGAAAACGCCUCUGAAAUGGAUACCCCGUUCUAAAUCAGGAGCUUCAAAAUCACGACCCCGUUAGGCGGCACAUACCCGUAUAGGUAAUGUAUGGGAGUUCACUCUCCGGGGGUUUGAUCCAAUAUUUGAACAACCAGAUCCUAAAAGAAUAAUCCCAUUGUUGGGAGAGCCAAAAUCACUGAUACUGCAUUAUUUGCCAAGCAUAAGCUCCGGAUGGCUAUAUUUUCCCCGAGCUCUAUUUAUGCUAUUGGUAUGGUCCGAGACAAAGUUUUAUUAUAUCCAUUUUGAAAUCACUGGUGAUCCCUGCAAUGUGAUUGGCUCUCAGCAGUGUGAUUUAUUCACGAAUCACACUAUUUUUUGCUCUUCUAAAGUUACAUUUGUUCUAAAUUGCACCAUUAUUCAUGUUCUAACUCAUGUCAUUUCUGUUUUAAAUCGCGCCAUUUUCGCUCUAUAUUGCAUUAUUUCUGUUUCGGGUACAAAAUGAGAUGUAGAAGCCUUUUUGUUUCUGCUUUUCAACAAACCGGCUACUUGAUCAAUAAAAUAUUGCUACUGAUUGAAUUCUGCGUUUCCAAAAUGGCUGUAAUAAAGUGGUAACUGAACUUCAUGUCGUGCAAUUUUGGACUGAAAUCAUACUUGUGAUUUCAAAUUGAACCCAGGCUGGGCGCUUGUCUGAUUUUCAAAUUACACGUAUGAUUUCAGACCAAACUGCCCUCCACUCAGUUCAAUUACCAUUAUUUAUGGGCAAUAAAAGCUAGCAAUGAAUUUGUCCAGCUAAGGUGACACUGAGCUACUUGAACAACAUUUGAGCAAUGUUUAUAAUGUCAAGUUUAAUGAAUGUAUUCAGGUUUUCCCUUGUAAAGAAUUUUUGGAGACCACUACCUAUAAUUUGGACAGAUAGGUGGAGUUUGAUUUCCUUAUUGUUACAUGGAUGUUGUUUUCAGAGUUUGGACACAUCAUCCUGAUAUUCAGACACAUUCAACUAUAAUGUCAAAAUCUCCUCUGCUAUCCCUGGAGUGGGCUCCUAAACCAGACAGACUGGUAAGAUAAUUAAUUGUACAUCAUUGUAAUUGUUAUCAUUGUUUUCGUCAUCAUCAUGCAAUGUGGUGUUUCUAAAGAAUUCAUGAAUAAUUAUCCUUCCAUGAUAUCCUAAAGCUUAAAAUCUCUGACUUUUACUCACUAAAAACUGUUUAAACAUUUCCCAGGGGCACCCAACCAGAAUAUAGUUCAAAACCACUUAAACAUAGCAUUGUUAAACGUAUUUUAGUAUUUAAACUGUAGAUAUAGGCAUAUUUUUAUCCCCUAAAAAUUUUUUUAUCUGUUCGGAUUUCCUAGUUGAAAGUCUAGUGAUCCGAAAAUUAUAGGGAUGAAAACUUACCUUUUCGAAAAUUUCAGCCACAAAAGAGGCUCCCGAAAAUUCUAGGUGACCUUUUUAGGGUAAAAAUCCGUUAAAAAUGGGCAAUUAUACCAUUUUUUAGAUGUUCGGCAGACAAGCAAGAAAUUUUACAACAAAUGUUCCGAAAAUUCUAGAUCUCAAAUCGUCUUCCGAACAGAUAUUUUCCGAAAAUUGACGUUGGGUGCCCCCUACUUUUUAAAAGCUUUUUAAAAGAAAACCAGGCAGUCCAAACAAUCCUCAAUUUUCUUUCUUACUUCAGAUUCAGCAAUAACUUUGUUUGAAGGUGUUUGAAUUAACAUUUACCAGCAUUAAUCUCUCUCAGGAGACAGACUUGAGUGUUUUUCUUUUAUCAUGGUCACAAUUUGUCAACUCAAAUCUUCUGUUUUUGUUACCAGCUUCUUUUAGGAACUGGAAAUGGUAAAGUUCGAUUCUAUGACACAGAAAACAAAAAGGUCAUAUGCGAUGUUUCAACAGACUCCCAAUAUCCCAGGUGAGGGUUACUUUCGAAACUCUUUAGUUGACCAACGCAAAAGUGUCAAAUUUGUGUAUCUUACGAAGUCUUAGUAGUUUGUAAAUUGAUGUAUUUAUAUUGUAAACCGUCCUUUACUGUAUUUCUGUAAAUAGUGUGCAAUAAACUUGGCAUGACUUGAUUUGACUUUAUGACAAUCAUUAUAAUAAUUAUACAGGGAAAAGGUAAAUUCUUUCCAAAUUAUUGGUGUAUUUGUUCUUCUAGUCUAAAUAUUAUUUUACUUUCCCGCAUAUCAUACCGAAGAACAAAGAAAAAUUUGAAGUUUAAACCAAUGGUACGAUAAUUAUUGAACCUCAACAAACACUUAGUCUUUGAGAUUUGGCACCAAGUUGACUUAAUAACUUUAAUAGUAACAUCCUCGUGAGGUUUUUCAGGAACUAUUUACAAACUAUUCACAAUUUAUAAAAGCAAAAAUGACAAUAAAAACUCGAAAUCACAAUUUAUGAUGGUAUUCUACUAAAUUCUAGAGCUUAUGAAGGAAAUGUCUGCCUCAAUAGUAUGUCUUUCAGGGCACGCUUGAAAGAUGCCAAUGAGGCACUUUGCCUAAGUUCAUUAUGCGAGUUAUUCCAUGUGUAGGCCCCUCUGUAGGAAAAUGUGCGCUGGCCUAUAGCCGUUCUGUAUAGCGGAAUCUGCAAAGGUUUAUAAUACAAGGUAAAAGUUUGUCAGUAACCCUAACGUGAGAGAAACAGGGUAGACACAAAACCGUGCGACUGCUAGGGACUUUGUAAAGCCUGGUACGAGGCUCCGCUGCAGGAAAAAUGGAAAAAACCCGAGUGAACAGACAUAAAGGUUACCGCUCGGCUCGCUUCGCUCGCCAAUUUUUUUUCGCCUUUUUACCCAACUGCGGAGCCUCGUUCCGGCUAGCUUUGUAAACUUCUAAGAAAGUGUGUGCCAAAGAGGGAAAUGUCAUUGGUCUUUGCAUGAUCUUUCAUGAUUAUUGGUCGUGUCGUUUGUAGUACAUACUGACUAUAACUCCCAUUAUUGUGAUUCAAAUGGAAAAAAGUCUGUACAACACUCCUUUACCAGUAAGAAAUUCUAUUUUGAUUAUCAUCGGUAACAGAGAUAUUUGUUACUCUGUCAAGAAGAAUGGUUGAGUCACAAUGCAAGCUAAAUUCAGUUUUUAUAGGGAACACUGCUUUGUAAUGAAGGCAUAAGGAGAAAAUAUAUUAAUUCCCGUACUGGAGAGAGUGGCUGAUUCAACUGGCUGUUAUUAUAAAGCCAUAAUGCCAUCUCAAAUUCAGAUUAAGUUUAUAUCAGAGAAUUCUGCUAUCAAGGGGCUAAGUGAAAUUCCACUGUUUUCCAGAGUUGUGUCGGCCAAAAUUUGUAGUCAAGUCGCCCGAAAUUUUAUCAUGUUCAACAACAUCCAAACGUCUUAAUCGCGCCUGCUUCGUUUCAUCAAAUCUUUAAGAACAAGAUGUAUUUACCAAUUAUUCCUCGAGCCCGAAUGGGCUCUGAGUCAAUAGCCCAUGAGGCCGAAGGCUGAAUGGGCUAUUGACUCAGAGGCCAUGAGGGCGAGAGGAAUAAUUGUUUCAGUAAAAUCCAACUAGUUGGUCAACAAUAUCGAGACAAAACAACCUUAGCUAGUUCAAGCUAGAGUUUAAUCCCUUUUUGCGGCCAAAAAGCCGGCGCUUUUCGCUACUAGUGGGCUAUAACAUAUAGCCUAGUAGUAGCUCAACCAAUGAGAACGCAGCGUUGAUAAUAGACCACUAGUUGGGUUUUACUAAUACUCAUUUAUCCCGCUUGUUUCGUCUCAUCAUAGCAUUAUUGCUUAAAGAACGAGACCAUAGUAAUUAUGAUUUAAUAAUAUUCAUGAACUUAUUGUGCGCAACUUAACACGAGAAUGAUCAGUUGCGCAUUACAACCGCAUUACUUUACCAGAAACAAACAAAAGAUAAUGCAUUUAAAAAAUAACAAUGAAAAGAAUAUAUAUGCAUGCAAAUAAGUAAAUGAAUAUAAAAUUGAUCACUAAUAUACUUUUCUAAAAUUGCAUAAUUAUCCUGCUUGUUUCGUUUCACUAUGGCUUAAAGAACGAGAUUUAUUAUAUAAACACCAAUGAAAUACCAGGUGAGCUUUCGCGCGUUAACACGUGAAAAUAACCUGUUGUUUUCAUAUGUGAAAAUAUCACCGUUGCUAUGGCUACAUAAUAAAUCGCGCCUUUCGCAGGAAAAAAACUGUUUCAAUGAAAUGGUUUGGUAUUUCAUUGGUGUUUAUAUUAUAAAUAGAAUAUUAGAUGGCCGCUUGGAGAUACGGAAUUUCUCUUCUCGUGUUGAAAAUAUUUCACUCGUUCACUGCGCUCACUCGUGAAAUAUUUUUCAACACUCGAAGAGAAGUUUUGUAUCUCCGCGCAACCAUGUAAUAUCCUCUAUAUAUUGCAUGCACUGACUCUUUACUAAAAUUUCGGGCGACGUAACUGAAAACUUCGGCCGACAUAACUCUGGUUUCGGGCUACAUGACUUCGGGCGAGAUGAUUUUUGGGCGACUUGACCAGGUAUUUACCGUUUUUCAGGGUAGUGUCACUGACGUGCAGCCCUACUGGAGCUGCCUUCGUAUGCUCAGCGGCAGCAAGUAAGAAGUCUACCAUAUCACCACUGAGGUUAUCGCAGACCAAGCUCAGUGACAUGUCCAGUAUUUUGACAUCUAACAGCGCUAGCUCAAACAGCAUCACUGGUGUUCUACAGUGUUGGGAUAUGAAAAACAUGAAAGUUGAGGUAUCUUCUCCUUUGUCCUACCAGAUUUUCAAUCCUGAAAUCUAAUACUACUUGGAAUCCUGACUAUCCUCUCCCACCAGCAAUCCCAACUCCACCACAACUGGUUUUCAACACACCCAACAGGGAUCCCAUCUGCCUUCCUUGGGGUCCAAACUUUCCCUAGCCUGUUCCAAGUUCUCAGAUAGUGGGGAAGACGCGAUAGUGAAAGGAACGCGAAAAUUUGGCGGGGCAGGUUCACAAUCAGUGAACUGAAAAAUUAGUUGACACACUUGUCUUCAACACGUUCUUUUUUCAAGAAUUUCAUUUGUGUUACAUUUUUCCAAAUCCAUCAUUGAUGCCAGUUUUCGGGCGUUCUUGGCCGUAAAAGGGACUGAUUUAUGGAUUUUCCGAGAUGGAAUUUAGCAGUCCUGUAUUUUGCUUCCGUACCGUUUACUCACAACGUAAAUCAAUCGCCAACCUUCUAUAAAUCAAUGAUAAACAACCAAGGUCCCUCUUACGUUAUGUCCCGGGCGAUGCUAGGAUCCGCGAAAACUGGAGAGAGUUUUUAUCGUUUUUGUAUGUGUAUUUCAGCGUCAGCUUCCUCUAGAGCCAGUAGCCACAUGUAUAAACUGCACAGCAUUUAACCACAAUGGAACACUGUGCAUAUCAGGUGGAGCUGAUGGCAUGAUACGCCUCUUUGGUGAGUUAAAUAUCCAUUCAAACUCAGUAGUUCAAUUCACGAUAAAAUUCAAAUUUCUCAUCGUAAAAUCCGUAGAAUAAAAUACUACUAUGAAGAAGCUCUUCCAAAAAAUUUUCAUUUAAAUGGAAACGCUUUGGGAAUUUUUUUUAACCGAUUUAAAAGUUACAGUGACGAAUAAUCUCUCCAUUUCAGGUCUUGGAGUGGAAGGGUUAAGCCGUUUGGUUUGAUAUUUAAACAGGGCCGGGUUGCUGAAAGCUGGGUCAAGAUAACCCAGGGUUAGUACGAAAUUUGAAUUCAGAUAUGAAAGCUUUAAAAGAAUUAAACUGAAGUUCAGUUUAAUUCUUUGUAUCAACAAGUUGAUGAAUGAAUGCUCUUAAAAAUAACAGAGAAAACUAUCCGAGAAAAUACUUUUGAACAAAAGAAAAAGAAACCGGGUUAAAUUUAACCCUGGGUUAACCGCUAAUCCGCCUUCGAACAACUGGGCUCAGGUCUAUUUUGUGUAUUUUUUGAUAGAUAUGAGAUCGUUUGAUUGUUUAAUUGGUUGGCAAGCUCAUGAGGGCGAGGUCUGUUCGAUGCAAUUCAGUGCAGAUGAGACUACAACUUACAGUAUGGGCACAGAUGGCAAGGUAUAUCCUUGAGUGUACUUAUCUUCUUGAUUCUGAUACUUAGGCCUGCCCUGUCCAUACCACUGCGUUCUCGUUUGAAAAGUAUACCGUAAAAUUCCGAAAAUAAGCGCCGGGGCUUAUAUUUUUCGAAGGCCCUUUUUGAGGGGCUUCUUUUUGGAGGGGUUUCCAAAUCGAUUGGGCUAGCCUUAUAGUUGGAAGGAAAUUUAUCGUUUUUGCUUUGUUUUACUUUGUAUUUGAGGGCAAUUUUCCAAGUACAAGGCCCCCGGGGGGCUUAUAUUUGGAGGAACGAUCUAACGGAGGGUUUUUUCCGUUACCGGUUUGGGGGGCUUAUAUUUGGAGGGGCUUAUUUUCGGAAUUAAUUUACGGUAUAUUUCGAUGCGUUUAAACCUUCUGUCCACACUUAUUCGCUGAGCGUUUAAAAAAAAAACGCCCUUGAAAUUUGAUGGAAAUAAAACGCAUACACAUCGUAUUAGAGUAGAUGGUCGAAAACGGUUGAAAAAGCAUCAAAAUGAAAACGAUGAACGAAAAUAUCGCAGGUGCGCGUGUUUGUAGCAUGCACAUAGCGUUCCACUUACGUCACAACGUGAAAUUCUAUCGUUUUCGAACCUUUUUCUCUGUGGACAGUCGAAAACGCGUCAAAGCUGUAGUGUGGACGCGAAUCGAUCGAUGCGUUUUCGAUAACGACGAUAACGCAUACUUUUGAAGAAAGGGCCUUAUUGUAAGUUUGUGUUGGUUUCCGCCAAUUGUUGUAUCCUUAAAGAAAACGCACUGAUCAUGAUCCAAGUGAUAACGUGUUUUCACGUAGUUUUCCUCUUUGUUUUUAUGGCUCAACGUAUAAAGUUUCUUUUCUGCACUGACAGACAAUACUGUUUAAAUGUAAUUUUUUACUCGAAGGGGUCUUAGAAGUUGGGAAUUGGAUUUUGAAAGUGUUGGUUUAGAGCAACAUCACCAUACAUCAGCAAAUUGCAAACUCCUAGGGGACGUGUAGCAGGUUUCAAACGUCGCUAGCGGUUCGCGUCUUGUUCACGUUCGCGUCUCAUGUGCGACGCGAAGUUCAUUUAUACGAGGUCUUCGUCUUACCUAAGGCGUGUUUUAUCUCAGAACAGGUGUUACGGGCCGUUCUAACAUAAGAAGCGUCUAUGCCAUAAUUAUAUGGAGGUUUGCGUAUUACUUAAGACGCGUCUUAUUUUACCCCGUUAUUGUUAGUGGCAGGCCUUUCGUAUUAUUUUUUGUAGUUCUGUCAGUGGAGUCUGCACCGUAUGGGACAGAAGAUAGCUGACCUCGUUAUUCACGAAGGAGCCGUUUGGUGUGAGGCUGAGGGAGCCAGUCUCUUGCAUAGUAAAUACAAAUACAUGUCGUCCCCAGCCUCCUAUGGUAGAAUGUUUGCUUUUGAUGCAGAAGGUCAAUAUCUUCUUACCUGUGGCUCUGAAAGAGGAUUUGUAUACAAAGUAAGAAUUGCAUACGUUGAUAGAAAUGUGCUGGUGAAUUUUGAGCCUGGUGAAUAGACGAGAAAGAUGUUUUUUUUUCAGUCAGUGAGUCAGGCGGCUCGGAAGAAUAAAUCCAAUUGUUUAUAGCCGGAAAUUUUUUCCCAACAGCGCGCGCUCUCAUUGGUUUCUUCGAGGUCACAUGACAUCUAACAAUGAAACUGUUUCCCGCCAAAAUCUCUGAGCGGAAAACAUUGCAAAAUCUUUGACGUCAGAGGGUAACAUUGCACUGUUGCCCGCGAAUGUUGACUAACGACCGCCGUUGCAGCGAGGUUAAAUGAAUUUCCAGCUUCAAAAUUUCCAGCCAUAUCACUAAUCACUUAAUGACUGUUCCCUCGGGAAAUGACUGGUCUCUAGGGAAACAGUUAAUUUUGUUUCCCUCUGGACCAGUCAUAAAUUGUUUGGUACGCCAACAGGAGUCGAACCUAUGACCCUCAGGCCCCAGUUGUUCAAAACGUUGAUAACGCUAGCUAUCCCCUUGACGGCGCUAUUGGUUUCCCUAAUACUAAUCAGCUGGAUCCAAGGUUUGAAAAACCGGCGCGUGGUUAAUAGUCCAGAUCCUCUACCACUAUGUUACAGGAGACUUGUGGGAGCUAAGGCUACCAACCUACAAUCUCAGACAAAAACCUUAAAACACUUUGGAAAAUUUUGCUCCCUUUCAGUCCCCCCCCCUUUGGCAAUGUUGCUGCAGAUGUAAAGGGUCGUGCAUAGGUGUUUCAAGGAUUUUUGGCGAGGAUUGUAGGUUCAUGAGACAAACAUCCUUCAUAUUGCCUGUCAAAAAAUUGAAAUAGCAAGUGCACAUCUUGGAUUUUUCGUUAUCACACACUUAUAUCGCUCUUGAAUCCGUCUUUGAUUCGCUACAAAAAGUAAAUUACGGAAUGUGAUGAAACAUAAUUUUGCCGUAAGUUAUGAUACCUGUACUUCUUAAUUUGUCAGAUGCAGUGAGGGUCAAGCAUGAUACGACAUAACCUAUGUGCAACGAAACCAAUACUUGAGGGAUUAAUGCAUAUUAAUAAGCAAACGUUUAAGCGUACUCCUGAACCGGUUAAAUCUUCCGACCGCCGCCGCACCCCGACAAUAGACAAUAGACCCAGGUAGAUUAUUCCUCUCACAAACGAUUCACUUAUUUCGGAGCUUGGGGCUAGGGGACACUUGGUGAUGUCUUUCAUGAAACAUGACUCUCAUUAGCGUGGAUUUUAGGAUAUUUCGAAUGGCCUAACGUGAUGCUAUUCGCUCGUUACAGGUGGAGAAGAAUCAAGGCCCUUAUCAAGUGUUGUCAUUACCAGAACACAAGUCACCAGUCGUGAGUGUGGACUGGAGCUCUUCCAUGAGUUGUUAUACGUGUCUCACUGGAUCUGUAGAUGGAUCUGUACAAGUUACAUCCUUACUGAAGCACUGAUAAUUUAAUUCCAAAAUAAUCUUUUAAUUUCAUUCCGUAGAACGCGAUUUAUGUCUAGUUUUAACUAUCCUUAAAUUCCAUUUACCGACAUUAGUGUUUCAUACAUCCAUACAUACAUCCUUUAUUAUCUUUCCUUUAACAAGGCUUUUCAAAGAUAAUUACAAAAAGUAUAGUUACAAACAAAAUGGAGUACAGAAAAUAUAUAAAAAGUUGAUUGGCAAAAUUAUCUAAGUGCUGAAAAUUAAUCACUAUAUAAGAUCAUACAUGAAAUACAAGAAACAUCGUUUAUAAAGUUCUAUGCCGAGCACGUUACAGGUGGAGAAGAAUCAAGGCCCUUAUCAAGUGUUGUCAUUACCAGAACACAUCUUUCCUUAGUUUUAAUUCAUUGUCCAAUGAGUUCCAUAUCUUCACUGUUCUGUGAUAGAAGCUUCUCUGGCCACUCGCCAAUUUAAAUAAGGGAAUAUCUAGCGAUUGUGAGUUUCUAGUUUCUCGCCCGCUGAUGUUAAAUCGUUGAGUAAAUUUAGACGUAAGAUAAUCCGGUGCUGAGCCCGACAUACAUUUAAAUACCAGAGUGGUACUUCUAAGAUAGAUUAAUUUUUCUACUGGGGGUCAAUUUAAUUCUUCUUCAACGUAGUGCGUUGCUUCAAGAAGCCGAGCUUGACGUUAAUCAGCGGGUCAGUAACCCCUUAACCCGCAAUAUCCACAUACAAAUUCUCGAGACUGGUAUUAAUAGCCUAGUCCCUAGGCGUUCUCGGCUCGGUCAUUCCUGGACUCUACCGUGGGCUGUGACGUUACAAAUAGAUACUCCCAGACUUUGCGCGGACAACGGGGCAAGAGAGAACGUCUAGGGACUAGGCUGCGUUCAGAGAAUUUGAUAAGAAAUCUAAACAUUUUCACUUUGGUGAUCAUUUUAUUAAUUCUCAUAACGUUUCCUCUUGAUGGUGUACGGAUCUCAGUUAGGAGAAAAUUGAUGUUGGUCACCCCUGGGACUUUAAGGGGUAGGGUGUACGGCACUUUGAUCUUUUAGCAGUUGAUCCCUUUUUCAGUUGUCAGUGGAGUGGUGAAGCCUCACUGACAGGCGCCAUUAGGGAGCUUAAGCAACGAUGACGGCAACGACUACGAGAACGUCACUCUGCCUCAAACUUUUUCGCGCUUAUUCCAUCUCGUUUAAUUCGUCAAAUGUUGGCAAAUUUUUUUGGAGUUGAAUUCUAAAGGACGGUAUCAAAGUUCAGGAAAAGAAAAAUAAAUUUGUUGUCUUGUGUUACC